AUGGCAUCUGCGUACCAGGAACAGUGUUGUAGUAUUUGCGAACUUCAACAUAUAACAAAUAAAGCAGAAGUGUGGUGCCCUGAAUGUGACGAGUAUCUAUGUUCAAAUUGUAAAACUCAUCAUAAACUACAGAAAGCAACGAGGAGUCACAACACUGUUGUCGUGUCUGAUUUGAAAGAGUUGCCUUCGUUUGUUUCUGCUAUAAAAAUGGAAUGCAAAGCACAUCAUGAGAACUACGAAUACUUUUGUCCCAAACAUGAGAUUCCUAUUUGUGUUGUAUGUGCAGAAGAACAUACAAAUUGUGGCCAAUUCACCAUAUUGCGGAAAUUAGAAGGCACAAAAACAUCACCAGGUAUUGUAAAGCUUGAGAAAAAUAUUAAAGACAUACAGCAAAAUAUAGAGAUAUUUUUACAAAAUCGUCGUUUGAACCUUUCGAUUCUGAAGGAUCAGCAAGCGAGUUGCAGAAAAAAAGUCAAAGAAACAAGACUCAAAAUUAGCCGACAUCUUGAUAAGCUAGAGAAGACGGCCAUUGAUGUAAUAGAAAAUUCCUAUAUCAAACACAAAUCAGAGAUCGAACAAAUUGUCAAUAAAUUGAGUGCACAUAAAAUGACAAUAGACGCAAUCAAAAGUAAUAUAGAUAACAUAAAGGACCAUGCAUCUGAAAUCCAAAUAUUUCUCAGCAUUCAAGAUAUCGAAAAGGAAAUAAAAGAGGAAGGAACCCAAAUUGUUGCAAUCUGCCAAAAUGAAAUACAAGAGAUAGAACUUGUCUUUAUUCCAACAUUAAGCUGCACAUCUGGCAUCAUAUUAGAAUCGUUCGGAGAGUUGAAAACAAAUAUCAAUCCUGCUGGCAUAAGCUUCGUCAGGCAAGAAGUUUCAGAAGCACAGCUUUCUAUGCAAGGGCCAAAUAAAAAGCAUAUUGAUAAAAUUUCGGUUACGAAAAAACUUGGUUUUACACUACCGACUACCAUAGGCCAAGCAAAAGUUGAAUACUGUUGUAAUACUGACGAAGGACUAUUUCUUCUGACUGAUGGAGGUCAAAAGAGUCGUAUUAUAGUGUUAGACUCAGAUGGUGCCUUAGUAUGUGAAAUUCCAUUGCAACAUAUGCCACAUGAUGUAAUUUAUUUCAACAAGACCUUAUAUGUAUCUAGUUUUUCUUCAAAGACACUGACAAGUAUAGAUUUCGAAACAACGGAGGUGAAACGGAUAAUUAAAACGGGUCAUAAUUGUGACGCGUUAGCACUUGCUGGGGAGAAACUUUUACUACAUUUGCAUAACGUUGAGUACAAAAUUUAUGAUCUAAAUCUUGUAGAAAUUGGUAAAAUACCAAUUCGUGUGGAAUUUGCUCCGUCUCUUUCCUAUUGUGAUGAGAAAAUAUAUUUCGCGCAAUGGAAAGACAAUACAGUUUACUGUCACAACAUGGCUGGAAUCUUGUUAUGGAAAUUUCAAAACGAAGACCUUCGUGCACCUAGUGGAAUAGCGAUAGACAACUAUGGAAAUGUCUUUGUUUCUGGUGCUUUUUCUAAAAACAUUACAAUUAUUUCCCCGAAUGGCGAGCAUAGUAGACACAUUUUACACUUAGCUGAUGUUUUGGACUAUCCAACAGCAAUCCAUUACAAUAAGUCCUUAAAUCAACUGAUUGUUUCUUCUAAUACUAGUAAACACAUAUUAGUUUACUACGCAUCAUGA